GUCAUCAGCGGCUGCGGGGCCAGAGAGCAGCGGGGGUGACACCGGAGCGUCGUGUCACCGGCUGACAGCAGCACUCUGCCGGGAUGUACGAGGGAAGUUUAACCGCAGCAGCUGGGCUGUGACCACCACACUAACAGAUUGGUGACAAAAUGAUCUGUGUGCUGAUGUAAGGGUGGAACCACUUCCUCUCUUGUUGGUGUCUCCGAACAGACUAGUGAGACCAAACUUGGCCCUCUGCAGUCAUGAUGUCCAAGUCCGCCCUCCUGAAGGUGAUCCUUCUGGGUGACGGUGGUGUCGGGAAAUCAUCGCUCAUGAACCGCUACGUCACCAACAAGUUUGACUCGCACCUCUUCCACACCAUAGGCGUGGAGUUCCUCAACAAAGAGCUGGAGGUGGACGGCCACCACGUCACCCUGCAGAUCUGGGACACGGCGGGUCAGGAGCGUUUCCGCAGCCUCCGCACACCUUUCUAUCGUGGCUCCGACUGCUGCCUGCUCACCUUUAGUGUUGAUGACGGACAAAGCUUCAGCAACCUCAUCAACUGGAAGAAGGAGUUUGCUUAUUACGCUGAUGUCAAGGACCCUGACAACUUCCCCUUCGUGGUGCUGGGCAACAAACUGGAUGUGCCCGAGCGGCAGGUGUCAGGGGAGGAUGCCCGGCAGUGGUGCCGAGAGAACGGCGGCCACCCGUACUUUGAGACAAGCGCCAAGGAUGCUACAAAUGUAGCGUCGGCCUUUGAGGAGGCGGUACGACGCAUUCUGGCGCUGGACGACAGAGCUGACCACCUUAUCCACACCAACACAGUGGACCUGCAGAAGAAGAGUAACCCUGACCCCACCUGCUGCUGAGCUGAAGGUGACUCGCGGCUCAUGUGAUGCUCCUGCAGUCGCCACAGACAAUAAGUGUGGUUUGUGACUCUGUGGAAAGAGGAACUUGUGUUUAGCCACUGUAUGUGAUGGCCUCAGAUGAACCUGUGAGCAGGAUCCACAUUUGUGAUAUUUUUUUAGACUAAAAUGACAAUAUUUAGUGCUAAUAUUCCGCAUUUUCAGCACAGAAGGGACCCAAAACCCACCAUCUCCCAACUCUGAUCCAGACUGGGCCUUUUCAGGAAUGUGAUUAAUAAUUUAAACCAACUAUUAAUGAUUAGUUAAUAGAAUAUUUCUGAUACACGUUUAUAGAUGUAUUUGUGGUCAGUGAUGAACCUCAGUUGUGUUAGAGGUCAUUGUAACUAGCUGAUACCUGAAAUUUAAAGGCCUUUAGGGAGUGACUGUGUCUUGGGUUCCUGUGGUAAAAGCUAAAUUAUGUCACCUCUGAACAGUUCUCUAAACAUAAAACUGCCAAAGGUUAAAAAGCAGAUUUGGCGUCACUGUUGAAGCUGUGGCUACGAGUGUGAGACCACAAAAAGAGAAGUUCUGAGGUUAUUUCUGCCCCGAGAAGCAGAUACAACCACCUUUUCAGCUAAAUCAUUGUGAUUUAGUACUGAUUUUCCUUAAUCAACCCAGUUAACCUACCAUAAGGCAGGACUGCAACCUGCUGACACCCUUAGAAACUCAAUUUAAGUUAUCGGUGUCUUAAGUGUUGUAGUUCUCAUUAUUGUUUGCAUAAAACAUGUCAUAUUUGAAGUUAUAAUGCAUUUAGAAACACAAAAUACUAAUUUCCCUAACUUCUACAACAAUAUCAUGACCCUUGAAAGUGUACAUGACGAAUCAAAUUGAAGGUCGAAACCACUGUCUUUCUGGUAAAUAACUAAUGAGAUUACUUUGGUGCUGAUUUUAUAGAGUUAAUCACAUGAUCAACUACAUUUAAUAGUUAAAAAAGUCCAGAUAAAAGAUCCUUUCUGUUCUGUUGGGAUGAUAGUGCCAAAAAGAUCUUACAAACGUUGCUGAUUAAAAUGAUCAUGACUUUUGGUUACACCAGUGAUGCCAUAAUGGAAUUUAGUGUGUCUCGUAGUUGUUGCUACAAUUAUUAGCCCCUCCUCUCACGAUGAAGAGCUGAGCACGCUGCUGAACCUGAAACUUUUGUUGUAAGACUCAAAUGACUCCCACCAUAUUUUUUACAUUUGAAAUAAAACAGUAGCCAGCAGCAGAGAAAAAUCAGCCUCUUGUGUGUUAUUACAUUUUUUAAAUUUGAAGCGCAGCACCCUGAUUGUCCACAAGGUGGCACCCACGUGUCAGUUAUCAGCUACCAGCCCAUGAGCUACAGACACAGUGACACACAGGUGUUUUCACUUACUGGUCAGUUUAAAGUUGGGCAGAGCUUUUCUGGGAAUAACGUGGGCUCGGCAAAUUGCACUUUAAAUAAAAAAUGAUCUUUUGUUUCCAACCAAAUAGAUCGGGAAUGUGAGUCACAUGCAGUCUGCCCCCACACCUCUGAGCAGAGCUCUAAUUAGGGAACAUAAGUGAUAUCACCUGUGUGGGUGUCUUGCUCUAUUGUGUUGACACAGGAGGCAGCAUCCAAGUCAAUUGGCUUCCCCUGCUGCAAGAGUUAUUCCUUGAUUACAGCUCACACAAGCUUCCAACCUCAGAAAUGUAAGAUUUUUCUAGUUUUUUUUUUUUUUUAAAUUACUAGUGUUGCAAUUAAAAUAUUUUGUCAAUUAUUUUAUUUUUAGAGUAAAAUGACAAUGUGUAACAACAGCAAAACACACAACUUAUGCAGUAUAAUCCAAGUGUUACUUAUCCAGUCAUAUGCUCAGUACUUCCCAAACAGACAGCCCAAACGUGUCUAUAGUCCCUUCAAAGCCAGACUCCAUUGAGAAAAGAAAAGUAAUUUUAUCUUGCUUGAAGCUGAGCUGCUCAUCUACCACUGCCUCAAUCCUGACUUGUGUUAUGGUAUGACUUUGGUGUUUUAUGGGUUAGUAUGGAUUCACCAAAGUCACACCAUAACACAAACAAACUAAUAGAAGCAGCAGUAGACCAGCAGCUCCAGUGUUCAGCAAGGUAAAAUAACUGUUUUUGUCAGUGGAGUCUGGCUUUGAAGAGAGCACAGAUACGUUUCUCUUUGAGUUCAGUCCUGUGUUGGAAAGAAGUGUCUGUUUGGGAAGUACGCAGCACGUUCAGAUAAAUCAGACUUGGAUUACACUGCAUGAGUUGUGUGAUCUAGUUUUGCUCCGCUUUAGAUUCCUCCUUCACCGUGGAGGCGUUCGAGAAAAACCAAGCUUUCUUGACGAAUUCAAUGUAACGUGGUAAAUAAUUGAUAUACAAACGGUCAUUCUCUUUAUAGUUGAUGUUAAUUUUUCUUCUGCAUGCAAGGAAUAGAGUGCCCCAGGAAUGAGUCUCUAAAAACCGUGAAAUGAGUUAGCAUUUUCCCACUCACAGUCUGUGGGUUUUUUUGAAUGGGUUUUUGGUUAGAUGCCUGAAAUAAGGUCUGUGGUUAACACAAGCUGAAGAGACUUUCACGUUUUGUUCCACAGCAUAAAAUACAUCAGAAAAUACCCCACUUGUGAACUUUGAAACCUCUGUGCGUCUUAAAAAAGGCAGGCGCUAACAAGUGGCUAAAUUGGACUACAGAAUGACAUCACGCUGAACACAGCUUUACAGCCUUGUUAUGGUGAUGACGUCUGUUCAUCGCCGAACAUUAGCUUUUUACUUCUAGCGUUUGCCUUUAGGCUUCAAUUAUUAUAAAAGUGGUGUUUAUUUGUGAAGAUUAUCUCGCUGAACAAAACGUGAGUAUCACAGCUUAUUUUCUUCAAUAAUAAAUUCAAUGGAAAAAUCUGAUAGGCUUUUUGAUGAGGGAACCACUGUGAAGCUAACUUCCACGUCAGCCUACAGAAAAAUGUCAUCCCUGGGGUGCUAUAUUGCUGCUCUGUGUUGCAUUUUAAUAAAUAUAUAUGUUUUUUGGAUUGUUGGUUGAGCGAAAGAAAAGCAACUUAGAGACGUCAACCUCGGCAACCUGUUUUUAGAAUGGAUCAUGUAUGGAAAUAAUAAUCCAGCUUUGCGGCAAUGCCUUAAAUACAGACUUGUUACUAUUAAAAGAGAAAAAAAACCCAAACACAAGAACGAGACAGUAGACAACGGUGUCACGAUAAUAAAAAAUAUCGGUUUUACUAGAGAAGGUUACAAAAAUCAUCACUAUAUAGGAGUCAUAGAACUAUUUCCAACUUAAAAAAUAAAACCAUAAUGAAACACCUACAGGGACUACAAUGCCAUCAAAGUACAAUGGAGUUUUCUUUAGAAAAGAGUGGGUGGAGAGGGAGGGAAGGGGAGUGUGGAGGAGGGGGGCAAACACCGCCUACCAUAGUUGUCAGUACAAUUGACUACACAUCACCUGAAAAACUGCAAAGACACAGUCAUGUCUCCUUCAUGCAAAUAACGAGGAAACAACAACACCCUGACACGCAUCGUCUUAUAGGAAAUUGAAGUUUGCCUUUACAUCAACCUGGUGGCAAAGCACGUAUAUUUAUCAAACAUAACACACAUGGCAAUAUAGUCCUUUUUUAUACAGAAUAGACAGCUGCACACAUGGACGAUACUGACAUGCUUCAUCUCAUCAAAGUUCAAAUAUUUGUCUUUUUUUUUUCUUUUUUUUAGGGUAAACUAACCAGUGAUGAUCGAUAUAGAAUAUAGUUCAUGAUUAUUAAACAAUAUCUGAUUAUAAAAUUAAUGUAUGAAAAUUCCUGACUUGUUUUUAUUCAGAGUGUAAACAUCCAAAACAGUCUCUGUGGCUCAUGUGAGAGGCAUGACGUUCAAAAUAAAAUUUAAAAAAAAAAAGAAAAAGUGACUUUUUUUGUCAAC